UCCGACAUCAGGUACGUCUCGGACGGGGUCGAAUGCUCGCCGCCGCCCUCCCCGGCCCCUCUGCACCCGGAGCCCAAGUCGGUGCCCGGCUCCUACAAGGAUCCUUACGGAGGAUCGGGCGGGAGCUACAAUUCGCGGAAGGAAGCCGAAGCCAUGCUGCCCGGGGACCCCUUCGGGUCGCUGGAGCACCGUGCUGCCACCGGGCAGACGUACAGCGAGCGGGUGGAGGCCUACAACCAGCGGUACGCCUACAUGAAGUCCUGGGCCGGCCUGCUCAGGAUCCUCUGCGUGGCGGAGCUGCUGCUGGGCGCCGCCGUCUUCGCCUGCGUCACGGCUUACGUGCACAAGGAUAACGAGUGGUACAACAUGUUCGGGUACUCGCAGCCCUACGGCUAUGGGGCUGGCAGCGCCUACGGGGGCUACUCCUACAGCGGACCCAAAACGCCUUUCAUCUUGGUGGUGGCGGGAAUGGCAUGGAUAGUCACGAUAGUGCUGCUGGUGCUGGGCAUGUCGAUGUACUACCGGACUAUCCUCCUCGAUUCCAACUGGUGGCCUCUGACCGAGUUCGGAAUUAACGUGGCCUUGUUCUUUCUGUACAUGUCGGCUGCCAUAGUGUACGUAAAUGAUACCAACCGAGGUGGGCUGUGCUAUUACCAGUUGUUUAAGACGCCGAUAAAUGCAUCUUUUUGCCGUGUAGAGGGAGGCCAGACAGCAGCAAUCAUCUUCUUGUUUGUCACGGUGGUCAUCUAUCUAAUUAGCGCGGUGGUUUCUCUAAAGUUAUGGAGGCAUGAAGGAGCUAGGAGGCACCGGGAAUUGAUGGAGCGAGAGAUGAAAACACAGUCCUCUUUUCCAGAAAAGAAGUAUGAAAGUGAUGACAGACCAAGGGAAGAGGUCACUUACAGGCAGCUUAAAUCAGUGGAAAGAAAACCGGAACUACUUAAUGGUCAUAUACCUGCAGGCCACAUUCCUAAACCUAUAGUGAUGCCAGACUACUUAGCGAAAUACCCAGCAAUUCAAACAAAUGAAAUGCGAGACCGGUACAAAGCAGUAUUCAAUGAUCAGUUUGCUGAGUAUAAAGAACUGUCUGUGGAAGUUCAUGCUGUAUUAAAAAAGUUUGAUGAGCUGGAUGCAUUGAUGAGACAGCUUCCUCACCAUCCUGAAAGCAUAUAUGAACAGGAAAGGAUAUCAAAAGUUCUGCAAGAAUACAAGAAGAAGAAAAAUGAUCCUGCAUUUCUGGAGAAAAAGGAACGUUGUGAAUACCUAAAGAAUAAGCUUUCUCACAUAAAACAACGGAUUCAGGACUAUGAUAAAGUUAUGAAUUGGAAUGUAGAAACUUAGCUAUGCCUUCACUUUGUGGAUACUAUUUUCUAUUUUUUAAAUCAUUAUACAUAUUUUAAACUAUUUAUUUACUCUCAGAACAGUACACCUAUGGGGAUUGCUUAAUCACUUUGUCACUUAUUUAGAUGUUGUACGUUACUGGUAGGUUUUAUAUGCAGAUCCAAUUUUAAAUCAAUGUAAUGAAGUUAUCAAGUAAGUUUAGAAAACCUGUGCUAACAUUCUGCUUUUAUUGGACAGUAUACAGCCUGUCCUAUUAAAUAUCAAUAUUUUAUUU